CUAAUUGUGUGUGAAUUAAAAAACAAUUACCAUUCAAUUUGACCACCUCAAUAUGUCGGCGUCCAUCUUUAACAAUUAUCUAAUCAAUGGAAAUGUAGAGCUGUAAUUAUUAUAUUGCACCUUGCAAAACUAGCAGACCGUAAAUAUUACAUACACAAAUCUUCCUACAAAAAAUGUUUUCACUUUUUAACAUUGUAGGUAGUAGUAGUAGUAGUAGUUCUCUAUCAGUUUAGAUAAUCUAUAAUUAAGGUAGACCAUAAUAUUAUUACACUAGAAUUUAUUGGUGUACAGAAGUAAACCAAGCAAAUAUAACAUAUGAAUAAUUUCUAACAAAAUUGCUUAAUUUAACAGAGAAAGUUAGGAAGGAAGCAAUAGAAGAUGGGGGUUUUCGUCGGGUGGAAGUUACUGUAUAUAAAGUGUUUUUAUGCUAUGGAUGAUAUCAGUUACUUCAGCUUUUCUAACCUUGUUAUUAGAUCAAUAAAAAAUGGUUCAAUAUUUAGCGAUUGUGAUCUUGGCGUCAGUAACCUUGUGUGCCAGGGGUGGUCUAAUUUAUGGUGGUGGAUUAGAACAUGAUAUUAGUGGCGGAUUCGAUGGAGGGUAUGCCGCCGGACAUGGACACGAGGACUACUAUGCUCACCCCAAGUACAGCUUCAACUAUGCAGUGCACGAUCCCCACACCGGCGAUGAAAAGCAGCACAUCGAAGAACGUGACGGAGAUCAAGUUAAAGGGUCUUAUUCUCUCAAGGAAGCCGACGGUACCACUCGCUUAGUUGAAUAUAAAGCAGACAAGCACAACGGAUUUAACGCAGUUGUACACAAAAUAGGAGAAGCGCAUCAUCAAGCUCCUGCAGUGCACGGUUAUGGUCAAUUGGAUGGCGGAUACGGAGGGCAUUAUUAAAUACUAAUGUUAAUUUAGGCAUAUUUCGAAUUGUGUUAUAUACUUUGUAUACGUUAUAAACAAUGACUGUUAUAAAUUCUAUUACUAUA